AUCUAGGAAGUUCAUAGGAUUGGAUUGUGUUUGUGAAAUGUUAAAAAAUACUGGAACCAAGGAAAUUCAUAUGUUGCUGUUUAAGUAUGAUGUUGAUUCUGUUAUAACAAUCUCGGCUUUUGACAAAGAACUUUGUGAGAUUGUUUAUCCUGGAACUCCACUUUCUAUUGUAGAAGCCGGUGGGGAUCAUCCAUCAAUAGGUUUCCAGUUUGAAAUUCAUGUUGAAGAAAUACACAUGUCUCCCGAAUGUUACGUUGUUUAUAUUUCUCCUCUAUUUAAGAAGCUCUGCAGCAUGUGGGACACCUUUCAAUCUAUAUAUGUGUAUUCUGGAAAUGGUUCUUGGAAGCUAGAUAUUUGCCGGAGGGAUGACUAUUAUCGUUCUACAAUAGAAGAUGGAUGGCAGCAGCUUAGAGAUGGUUUGGCCUUGGAAGUAGGGGACAUUUGUAUUUUUGAAUGUCCAGUUGAUUCUCUUGAUCGUUUUAAUGUUCGAGUGUGUGAAGAAGCAGUAAUCUGGGAUCUUUAAGUUUAAUGUUAUUGUCCUCUGUUUAGGAAAUUUUUAUGUUGUCUUUUGCUGGAUUGGCUUGACAAUUUAUUUGAAUUAAUGUUUGUAAUGGUGGAUGGUGCUUGAUUAAAU